AUGGGGACCGAGCGAGAAGACUUCAUGUCUUAUAUUCUCCGACAAAACGGUGAAGAAGGCAUGACGCGAGGAGAAAUAGUCGAGAACUCAAACGUCCUCAUCAUUGCUGGCAGCGAAACUACGGCCACACAACUAAGCGGGACCACCUUUCAGCUUUUGACCAACUCGGAGGUAUAUAAUAAGCUGGUCCGGGAGAUCCGUACUGCAUUUACCUCUGAGGAAGAAAUCACGCUGGUUCGCAUGAAUGAACUCAAAUACCUGCGGGCGGUCUUUGAGGAGGGAUUCCGCAUGUACCCUCCGGUACCUGUGGGCCUGCCCCGGACAGUCUGUCAAGGUGGUGAAUGGAUCCAAGGGUACUACAUUCCGCAAGAUACUGGUGUUUCAGUACCUCAAUGGUCGGCCUACCAAAGCGAAAGCAACUGGCUCGAGCCCGAAAAGUUUGUUCCUGAACGCUGGUUAGGCGAUGUGCGCUUUGAGCACGACAACAGGGAUGUGCUUCAACCAUUUUCUUAUGGCCCGCGCAACUGCAUUGGAAAAAGCCUUGCGUACGCUGAGAUGAGACUCAUUCUAACACGCCUACUGUGGAAGUUCGACCUGGAGAUGAUGGACGAGUCCAAGUCCUGGGCAAAACAGAAAAUCUUCACUCUGUGGGACAAGAAGGAACUGCGAGUGAAGCUGCAAGAGGUGGAACGGGUUUGA